AUGAGGUCCCUCCAAAUCUUUGCCUUUGCGCUGGGUCUUUGCUCGGCAGAUGCCUAUCUGGUAACUCCUCCAGGAACACCCGCACCAGGGGCUGCGUCUGGCUGUAGUGAGUGGGUGCAAGCCUCCUACGGCCUGACAUGCGAUAUAAUCCACCGCUUCUAUGGCAUGACUGAUGCCGAAUUUGAGGAAUGGAACCCCAGUGUCAGUCAGCUAGGCGAUGGCUGCAACUUAAUCUCAGAUCUCUACUAUUGUGUUCAAGUCAAUUAUGUGCCAGAGACUCCAACAUGGACGCCACCCGCAACUACCACAGCCUCAGCCGGGAACGGUGUCACCACACCAACUCCUACACAGGCCGGCAUGGCGAAGGACUGCAACAAGUUCUAUCUGGUUGUCAGUGGCGACUCCUGCUAUAAUAUUGCAACUGCCCAGGGAAUAUCCCUUGACAACCUUUACGCUUGGAACUCUGCAGUUGGAAGCUCCUGCAAGGACCUCUGGCCUGAUUAUUAUAUCUGUGUUGGUGUGAUAUCAGGUACCACUACAUCCCCCCCUACUACUACCUCCGCAACCACAACCACAACCACGGUUGGAAAUGGAGUUGUGACUCCAACGCCAAUUCAGACGGGCAUGUCGACCAAUUGCAACAAGUUCCAUCUUGUUGUUAAGGGAGAUGGUUGUUACGAUAUUGCUGCGGCUGCUGGGGUUGCACUGAAUGACUUUUAUGCCUAG